AUGGCCUUCUUUGAAAGGGGGAGAGUCAGCUUCCCGCCCCUGCAACCUGCAGCAGCUGCAGCUGUCCGUCGCGUCCCAAUCUGGCGCGGUCCAUAUCUCUCGUCCCCGAAACCAGGGCACCUCAGCCGGGCAGACUCCAGGGGAACCGCAACUGACAGCAGCUGCUUGACAAAUACCAUCGACAGCGACAUUGACACCGACAGCGACAUCGACAUCGAUAUCGACAUCGACAUCCACAUCGACAUCGACAUUGACGCAGGGCAUGACGGCUGGCUCGAGGCGCGCACCAUGGCGGAGCUCGCAGUAGGCCAGCGCAUCGUGCUGAACGACGGCCGCAAUGCCACUAUCCGCUUCGUCGGCAUCACCGCCUUCGCCGCCGGCGAAUGGGUCGGCGUCGAGCUCGACGACGGCUCCGGCAAGAACGAUGGCAGCGUCCAGGGCGACCGCUACUUCGACUGCCCCAUGGGCUACGGCAUGUUCCCCGCCGCCAAAAAGCCUGCCCGCCCCAGCAGUCUGUUCAACACCGCUCGCGGCCCCACCCCCCAGGACUCCGGCCUGACCAAGCGCAUGAGCCUCAAUGCCCCAAGCCCCAGUCCCGGCCCCAAAUCAGCCCGCCCCUCCAGCAUCUUGAGGUCCCCCACAAAGUCGCCCACCAAACAGCUCGCAACCGCCUCGUCCAGCGCCGCUCCCUCCCGGACCGGCACACCCUCCAAUGCCGCCAAGCCCCCUCUCGGCACCAAGCCCCGCCCGUCGGUUGGCCCCAGCCGGACCUCAAUGGGCCCGCCGCCCCCCGUGCUGGCUCCCAAAGCAGGUCGCCUAGUGUCGGGCUCGUCUACAACAAGGGCCGCUGCCGUUCCGUCGAGGACCGUCAGCGGUCGGCUGGCCACAGCACCGAGACCCGCCCCGAUGCGUGCAGGCCUUGGGAGGAACAUGUCGUCGGGCUCCCUGUCGGGGUUGGAAAGCGGCUCGACUGGCAAAGGCGGCGCCAUGGGCAGGACCAUUGGCUCGCCCCAGAAGAGUAGCGAUGACGACGAAAUCUUGUCGCCCCAGCCCACCAGCCCCGUCCAGAUGAAGACGAUGGCUCUCGAGAAGCUCGCGGGUGCCGCACCGCUCUCCAACCCCCGGCCGCUAGCCGCUACGGCCGCCCCGCGCCCCGCCCCUACUAGUACCGCCACGAACAAAGAGAUUGAGGACCUCAAGACCAAGCUACGUAUCCUCGAGAAAAAGAGGAUGGAGGACCGCGAGAAGCUCAACAGCCUGGAAAAGGUCAAGGGGGAGCGCGAUAAGUUCGAGCGCAUCAUCCACACUCUGCAGAUCAAAUUCCAGCCCCAGCAACAGGAAAUCGCCGACCUGAAGAAGCAGCUGAAGGAGGCCGAAACAAGCCUCUACAACAUCGAGGAGAUACAAGCCGAACAUGAGAGCGCCAUGGAGCUCGCCACCCUCGACCGCGAGAUGGCCGAGGAGACGGCCGAGGUGCUCAAGGUAGAGCUCGAUGCCCUCAAGCAAAAGUCGGAAGAGCUGGAGCUCGAGGUCGAGAUUCUUCGCGAGGAGAACGCCGAAUUCACCACGGGCAUGUCGCCCGACGAGAGAGCUAGCACCGGCUGGUUGCAGAUGGAGAGGAACAACGAGCGCCUGCGCGAUGCCCUGAUCCGUCUCCGUGACCUGGCUCAGGGCCAAGAGGAGGAGCUGAGGAGCCAGAUCAAGGGGCUAGAGGAAGAUGUCGGCGACUUCGAGACGCUCAAGGAACAGCACGCCGCCGCCUUGGAAAAGCUGGAGCGCGCCGAGGCUACCGUGGAGGAUUUCAGAGAGCAGCUGAACAACGCCUCCAGCGCUGAGGACAUGAUCGAGACGCUUGGCGACAGGGUCAUGAACCAGGACGAGGAGAUCAACGAGCUCAAGGCUGUCAUCGACGACCUCGAGAGUCUGAAGGAAAUCAGCGACGAGCUUGAGAUCAACCACAUCCAGAACGCAAAGGAGAUGCAGGAGGAGCUCGACCUGCGAGACGCCCUGCUCGCCGAGCAGCUCCGGCAGGCCACGCAGCAGAAGGAGAGCAUGGAAGACAUGGAGUACACCUUGCUGAGAUUCCGAGAGCUCGUGGUAAAUCUGCAGAGCGACCUGGAAGACAUGCGCGCCUCGCACGCCGUGACCGAGAACGAGUCGGAGCAGCUGAACAGCCGCUCCAGGGCCAUGAUGGACCUCAAUAUGAAGCUGCAGCUCUCGGCCGCCAAGGCCCAGGUCAAGACGAUAGACCUCGAGCUACGGCGCAUGGAGGCGCAGGAGGCGGACCAGCACCUCGAGAUUGUCAAGCUGUUCUUGCCCGAGACGUACCAGUCCGACCGCGACUCGGUCCUGGCCCUGCUGCGGUUCAAGAGGCUGGCCUUCAAGGCGAAUCUUGUCAACGGCUUCAUCAAGGAGCGCGUCAACGGGCAGCCUCAUCCUGGCCACGAAGAUGACGUGUUUGAGGGCUGCGGCGCCAUUGAUAAGCUCACGUGGGUUUCGGCCAUGUGCGACCGCUUUGUCAACGCGAUCAGCCACUGCUCGCUGGAGCAGUUCGCCAAGUACGAGGGCGCGCUGUACGAGCUGGAGCCUGUCGAGAGAGCCCUCAACGGCUGGAUCGAUGGCCUGAGGCGCGACGAGCUGAAGGAGAAGCAGUGCGCAACUGAGCUGCAGCGUACCAUCGCUCUCAUGACGCAUCUGGGCGAGGUUCACAUUGCCAACGAUCUCGAGAGCUUCGCCGACGACGCCCACAUGAGGGCUCUGCUGAUGCAGAGCAACCUAGACUCGGCCGCCGUCACGUUUGCAUCUCUCAGGGGCAUGGUCCAGAGGGCCAUCGAGUCGAACGAGGACGGCGACGAACUGGCCCAGUACUUCUCCAAGCGGUCCGAGGCGGUCGUCAGCCAGACGCGCAGCGCCAAGGUUAUCGCCGCAAAGACUGUCCGAUCGCUGGAGGACCUGAAGUCGAGAUCGCUGUCCCUCAUGCCCGAGACCCUGGGGGCUUUCGAGCAGUGCGAGACGGCUACGCAGGAGUUGGCGGACAUGGCCCGCAAGAUCGGGCUCGACCUGCACAAGCUGCUGCACGAAGAGGGCAGGACGGAGCCGUAUAGCUACGCCGAAGUGCAGGCGUGCGUCCAGCAGACGGCCCUAGCGGCCUUUAGCUCGAGCGAGGCAGACUUAUUCUCGGCGUACCUCACAAAACUCCGCGUCGUGACGUCCCAGAUAACCGACCUCGCUGCCCUCAGCGCGGAUCUCGCGCAGACGCAAGAGUUUGACAGCAGCCAGCCGCCCUGGCUCCUCCGCAGCCGCGAGCUGAGGGCGCUCCGCACCGUUCCCGUCGACGCCGAGGAGGAAGUCCGCCGGCUCAAGGACGACAUCAACGACCUGCGGCGCCACAUUGCCAUCCGCGAGGAGAGCCUCAGCACCGCUCAAGUUAAGAUCGAGACGCUCGAGUCUCGCAUGCGCGACGCGAACGCCAAGGCCUCGCGCAUCGUCGACCUCGAGGCCCAGAUUGCCGCCGCCAAGGAGCACGCGGCCGGCCUCGUCGACAGCAUGCAGAAGCAAGACCGCGAGCUCCGGGCGCUCGAGGCGGACCGCGACAAGUGGAAGAAGAUUGCAAGCGACAGCCGCCUCAUGGCAGGGGUGGGUGGUGGCGGUGUUCCCGGCGGCGACCCCAGCCUCAGGGCCCGCCAAGAGCGAGCCGUCGCCACCGCUCGCGAGAUGGACGCUCACAAGCUGGAGAUUGUCGCCCUCCAGUCGGCCCUGCGCUACCUGCGCGAGGAUAACCGCCGCGCCCGCUUGACGGAGCAGCCCAACUACGACUGGCUCGCCGAACCCCUGACCGCCACCCACGCGCCCGCCCUCGGGGCCGGUGCCGGCGCAGAGCACCAGCGCAAGACGGCCGCCGUCGCCGCCGAGGGCAAGGCCGUCCUCGGCGAGCUCGUCAAGCUCGCCACCUCGGCCACGCUGUACAGUCUCGACACGCUGCCCCAAGACAAGCUCGCGUGGCGCCCCGCCAAGACAACCCCCCAGUACCACGCCGCCAAGCAGCUCGAGGACUUUGCCGCGUGGAAGAGCUGGCACGACGCCGUGCUCAAGAAGUCGCACGCUCUGAUGGGCCGUCCCGGCGCCGGCAGCGGCGCGUCGGCGUCGGCGCGCAGCGAUGCCGCCGCGGGUAAGAAGGCCAGGGCGGCAGCCGCCGCCGCGAGGCUGCACAUCACGCUCCCCGGCAGCCAGGAGAGGAAGCUCCAUGCUCGAGCGGGCGAGGUGCAGAUUGUCGGCUCGAGGGAGUGGGAGGGCUUGCAGGGGCGCUUGGCGGUUGUGUGA